CGAUGUUCCGUGCCUGUCGAUGCGGCAAGGUGGCUUCCCCAGCUCUGAGAUUUGUCACUUCCGGCACGCCGAAAGCGGCAGACUUCGCAGCAGAUGCAACAAGCAAACGGGCAGACACUGGUUUGAGUGAAAGUCCAGUGGCGGUGGCAACUCGACUUAUCGUGCAGCAAUGUCGAUCUGCGUUGUGGCAGAAUGCCAUUCAACACCUCACAGAGUUGUCCGAAAUGAUCACGCCAGAUGUGGUGUGUUUCACUGCAGUAAUUGGUAUUUGUUCAAAAGCCUCUGCGUGGCAACAGGGACUGUUACUGCUGCGCUACAUGAGCAAGGUGGAGGUGUCUCCCAACGUGGUCACUUACAACUCGUUGCUGGCCGCUCGAUCCAACGCUUCCUGGCGCUGGGCGCUGGCGCUGCUGAGUGAAAUGGAAGAGGUCAAGCUGCAACCGGACCAAGUGACAUACAACACCACCCUGGUGGCUCUCCGCAAAGCUGGAUUAUCUCGACAAGCGCUGCGCGCGAGCGACAAGCUGGUGAAACCCAAUGGCGCCGAUGCCUACACGUACUGUGCUUUGAUCAGUGCAUGCAAGAAGACUGCAAAGUGGGCGAAGGCAUUGAACCUUGUGGCCGAUGCCAUGCGCAGAUUUUCCAAGCUGAACAAGUUUGUCUUGAGUGCAGGCAUCGCCGCCUGCGCCCGGGGCUUGCAGCCGCAGCAUGCCAUGCGCCUGCUGCACCUCGGCCAUGGCCAUGGUGGAGGUCCUGACGCCAUUUCCCGCGAUGCGGCCGUGACGGCCUGCGCUGCCACGUUUCUGUGGGCUGAAGCCUUGAGUCUCAUCGAUGCAGCUCCAGGGGUUCAAAGCCUAUUGGGUGCUGCCUUUGCCACUGCCAGUUCCUCAAGUGCGCCUGAGUUGAUCGCAGCAAGAGUGACAGCGGCAGCGCAGAAGAGAGCCAGCAAAGAACUUCUCCGACGAACCAAAGAUGAUGGCACAUGGCACGAUGCAAUAUUGGCUGAGUCCCUUGUGAACUACACUCGUUGCACCAGAAACUUCAUGCAGGAGAGAGCACGGCUCUUGCGAAUGCUGCGGGCUUACGUCUUGGUGCCCGUGCUGUCACAGCUGCGAGGUGGUCUCUCUUCUGACACAAACAUCGACGUGCUGCAGCAGCAAUAUGCUUUUGGAGGACUCUGCAAGGAUCUGGCCCUUCAGCUGGGUGUAGAGUAUCCAGCCCGUCGACUGCCAUCGGAGUGGAUGGGGCCCGAAGCGUUGGCUGCGUGGAGACGGCCCAGUCGAAACUAUGGAGUUGUGCUUCCACGCGAGCCCGUGGCACAGGAACUCUUUGUUUGCCUAGACUAUUCCAUUUUUCCCCGUGGAAAGCGAUGUGCUCAACAUCUUCACGUCAGCUACAUGGCAGACCGCUCACGGACAUAGGUGUGGCCAUGGCUGUGGCUUCUGGUUCCCGACCUUCAAGGCUGACACGGCUUGUCCAAGCAGAUCUUCGACCUGGUAGUAGUAGACCACCUGCUUGGUCCUUGGAGCUUCAAAUGUAGCAUCUUGGAGUCCCGAGAGCCAUUGUACUCCCUCCCUACUUGGAGCUGAAAAGAGAGUUGAAGGGCUGAGAACAGGAGAUGGAAGCGUUGAAGAACGAAGAGUCACAUCUGCAAAAUUUGCAAUGACUUUGAAAGAGAAAAAAGGGCGGUUUUUAGAAGUCAAAAUUGUUUGACGUGGCCGCGUGGCUAACUCCAGGAUUCCUGGAUUCCAUCGGCUUGCGAAACAUCACCAGAGAAAGAGUCUGGGAUGGUCAUUCACCUGGCUGCCCAGAUCUUCCCAGCCUCUCAUCUUUUGCGCAAAA